GCUUCCGGUGUAAACGGAAAACAUCAGAAAGAGAACAUCGAAGGAGAAAGACGCUAAUAAUUUUCCGUACCUUGGAGACAUAAUGCCUCGUCGGUGUGUUGUCGGAGGGUGUAACAACACUAACAGGGAGGGAUUCAAGUUGCACCACUGGCCCAAAGAUGCAAAAGUGGCAAGAAAUUGGACGAAAUUUGUUCAAAAUACGAGGGUGUGGGGAAAGCCGACGAAAUGGUCAGUGGUUUGUUCCGCACACUUUACCGACGACAACUAUGCUACGACAGAGAUGGCAAGAAUGUUUGGAUAUCCUCCGACACUCAAAGCAGAUGCAUUUCCAACGAUAAAGUCAAAGAAAUCUGCCGCCAGACCCCCAUUGAACGUGCCGAAGUGUGUGAGCUAUUCAGGGACAAAGGACCUCGAUAGCACGGCAAGCAAUGGCGGCAGUUUGUUCCCGCAGAUGAGCGAGCUAAACCCCCUGGAUGUCUUGGCUCACACCGCUUCUACCGAAGAUGAUCACGUGAAGAAUAUGGGCCCUAGUUUCCCUGGCCUGCUGACAUCAACUCCAAAACUGGACAGAUCAGCUUUCAGGAAAAGAGAACGGAUGAGGGUGUUACAGGACAUGUUUUCGAACUCUUAUUGACAUUCCACUGAAGAGGAUGAUUAUCAAACUUUUUCAAGAGCGGAUAUUGGAGUUCAGAUAUACCCUGAUGUGAAGUCUAAAGACGUCCAGCAUCCCCCUCACAUUAAAGAGGAAGAGGAGGAUCCACAGCCCCCCCACAUUAAAGAGGAAGAGGAGGAAGUGUGGAUGAGUCAGGAGGGAGAGUGUCUUCUAGGGCAGGAGGAGGCUGAUGUCAGCAAGUUUCCACUGACUGUUGUCUCUGUGAAGACUGAAGAGCAUGAAGACAAACCACCUGAGUCCUCACAGCUUCAUCACAGUCCAAACGUCCAGCAGGUGUCAGCAGAGAGUCAUGAAGAGAUUCCCUCCAAGCAGCAGGAGUGGACCUCCAGUGUGGGACAGAAGGAGCUACAGACCCCCUCCCACAUUAAAGAGGAAGAGGAGGAACUGUCGAAGCAGCUUCAAAGGGUGGAGGAGGCUAAUGAUGAAGAUGAAGCUCAGUCCUUACAGCUUCAUCACAGUCAAAGUGAGGAGAACAGAGGGGCGGAGCUUGUAAGUCAACACAUCACAGAAGCUGAUGGAGAGCAUUGUGAAGAUAUAAAGUCACAACCAGACAGCAUCUUUGCUCCACUGUCAGACAUGGACCACAUGAUGUCACAGUCUUCUGAUCACAGUGACCACAUUCAAGAACCUUUGGAGAGUAAAAAUGACUGUAAAGGUGAUACAAGACAUCACACUAACAACAAACACUUGGACUGCUCUGAAUGUGAGAAAUCAUUUAAACACAAGAGUUAUAUUACAAUACACAUGAGAAUACAUACUGGAGAGAAACCUUUUACUUGCUCUGUUUGUAAGAAGAGUUUCUCCAGAAAGCUUGACAUGACCACACACAUGAGAACACACACUGGAAAGAAACCUUUUACUUGCUCUGUUUGUAAGAAGAGUUUCUCCACAAAGCUUGUCAUGUCCACACACAUGAGAACACAUGCUGGAGAGAAACCUGUUACUUGCUCUAUUUGUAAGAAGAGUUUCUCCACAAAGCUUGUCAUGACCACACACAUGAGAACACAUACUGGAGAGAAACCUGUUACUUGCUCUAUUUGUAAGAAGAGUUUCUCCACAAAGCUUGUCAUGACCACACACAUGAGAACACAUACUGGAGAGAAACCUGUUACUUGCUCUAUUUGUAAGAAGAGUUUCUCCAGAAAGCAAUACAUGACCAAACACAUGAGAACACACACUGGAGAGAACCCGUUGAGUUGCACUGUGUGUGAUAAAAGGUUCAGGUAUAAGUAUCAGGUCAGUAAACACAAGUGUGUAACAGUCAUGGAAGCUGCAGGGAUUUAAAAACACUUAUAAACAGUGAUUGUGCUAAAUGUACUCUAAUACCACAUCAUGUUUAAAGGGGAACAUUAUCACCAGACAUAUGUAAGAGUCAAUAUAUACCUUGAUGUUGCAGAAAAAAGACCACAUGUUUUUUAACCGAUUUCCGAACUCUAAAAGGGCGAAUUUGGCGAUUUAAACACCUCUCAAUUGUUCGCUGUCAGAGCGAUGACCUUUUACCCGUGACAUCACAAUGGGAAGCAAUCCGCCAUUUCCUCAAACACAUUACACACACAAGUCAAAUCAGCUCUGUUAUUUUUUUUUUUUUUACUACUGUUUUCCGUCCCUUGGAGACAUCAUGCCUCGUCGGUGGGUUGUCGGAGGGUGUAACAACACGAUCAGGGACGGAUUCAAGUUGGAAUGUGCAUUGAUUAGAACGUCAUGCUAAUCAAUGCUAACAUGCUAUUUAGGCUAGCUGUAGGUACAUAUCGCAUCGCUAUGCCUCAUUUGCACCUAUAUUUACAUCCAGCCUUUCUCUCCACCCACAUUUAAGGCCAAACAAACACAUACCAAUCGACAGAUUCAAGUUGCACCAUUGUCAAAAGAUGCGAAAGUCCCUUGUUUGUUCUGCACAUUUUACCGGCGAUGCUACGACAGACAUGGCACAGAGGUGUGGAUAUCCUGUGACACUCAAAGCAGAUGCAUUUCCAACGAUAAAGUCAACGAAAUCACAAAGGUGAGUUUUGUUGAUGUUAUUGACUUAUGUGCUAAUCAGACAUAUUUGUACACGGCAUGACUGCCAGCUAAUCAAUGCUAACAUUCUAUUUAGGCUAGUUGUAUGUACAUUUGUAGCUAUAUUUGCAUCCAGCCUUUCCCUCCACCCACAUUUAAUGCCAAACAAACACUUACCAAUCGACAUAUUUAAGUUGCUCCAGUGGUCAAAAGAUGCAAUCUUUGGUUAGAAGGCGAUCGCUGAAUAGCUUCAAUAGCUAUUCGCUCAAUAGCUUCAGUUUCUUCUUCAAUUUAAUUUUUGCUAUCUGCUUCCACACUCCAACCAUCCGUUUCAAUACACGCGAUAUCUGUGGAAUCGCUUAAAGGGGAACAUUAUCACCAGACCUAUGUAAGCGUCAAUAUAUACCUUGAUGUUGCAGAAAAAAGACCAUAUAUUUUCUUAACCGAUUUUCGAACUGUAAAUGGGUGAACUUUCGCGAAUUAAACGCCUUUCUAUUAUUCUUUAUGAUGUCACAUAGGGAGUCAAGCCGCAAUUUUUUCAAACACAUUGCAAACACUGAGUCAUAUCAGCUCAGUUAUUUUCCGUUUUUUCGACUGUUUUCCGUACCUUGGAGACAUUAUGCCUCGUCGGUGUGUUGUCAGAGGGUGUAACAACAAGAUCAGGGACGGAUUCAAGUUGAUUUGCGUGGAGUCUGCAUCGAUUAGCACGGCAUGCUAACCUAUGCUAAAAUGCUAUGUAGGCUAGCUGUAUGUACAUUUGUAGCUAUAUUUGCAUCCAGCCUUUCCCUCCACCCACAUUUAAUGCCAAACAAACACAUACCAAUCGACGGGUUUAAGUUGCUCCAGUGUCAAAAGAUGCGAAAGUCCCUCGUUUGGUCUGCACAUUUUACCGGCGAUGCUACGACAGACAUGGCUCAGAGAUGUAUGGAUAUCCUGCGACACUCAAAGCAGAUGCAUUUCCAACGAUAAAGUCAACGAAAUCACAAAGGUGAGUUUUGUUGAUGUUAUUGACUUAUGUGCUAAUCAGACAUAUUUGGUCGCGGCUUGACUGCCAGCUAAUCGAUGCUAACGUGCUAUUUAGGCUAGCUGUAUGUACAUUUGUAGCUAUAUUUGCAUCCAGCCUUUCCCUCCACCCACAUUUAAUGCCAAACAAACACUUACCAAUCGACGGAUUUAAGUUGCUCCAGUGGUCAAAAGAUGCAAUCUUUGGUUGGAAGGCAAUCGCCGAAUAGCUUCAAUAGCUAUUCACUCAAUAGCUUCAGUUUCUUCUUCACUUUCGUUUUCGCUAUCUGCCUCCACACUCCAACCCUCCGUUUCAAUACAUGUGUAAUCUGUUGAAUCGCUUAAGCCGCUGAAAUCCGAAUCUGAAUCCGAGCUAAUGUCGCUAUAUCUUGCUGGUCUAUCCGCCAUGUUUGAUUGUAUUGGCAUCACUAUGUGACGUCACAGGAAAAUAGACGGUGGAUUUACAGAUAGCGAAAAUCAGGCACUUUAAAGCCUUUUUUUGGGAUAUUCCAUGAUUGGUAAAAUUUUGAAAAAAACUUCGAAAAAUAAAAUAAGCCACUGGGAACUGAUUUUUAUUGGUUUUAACUCUUCUGAAAUUGUGAUAAUGUCCCCCUUUAAUAUGAAUGUAUAUUUGAUGUUGUAUGUAGUGAUUCUCAUCUUCUACUGUUAUAUGUUGUCCUGGAGUUUUUAAGUUGUGUGCAUGUAUUGAAUAUCAUGUAUGUAGCUACUAAUUUAUUUGAUUUUCUCAUUGUUAAAGAGAGGACAUCUUUAUUUUCACUUGGGGUUUUUUUUCACACAUUUUCUUCCUAUGUAUUUUUAUUGAUGUUAUUAUCCAAUUAAAAGUAUGAAUUAAUAAAAUAUUUAACAAAAUGUGGACUCUAUAGAUUAGCAGCAUUGUUACAUCAUGGAUGUUAACUACAGCAAAACAUCAACAAAGAAGAAAAAGGCUGAAGUUAGCAACACAUCACUGAACUUUAGAGCCAUCGUGAGUGGAGUUGCUUGUUUUUAUUGCUGCAUUUGUACUUAUUUCACCUCACAUCUUCACUUUCAACCCUAAAGUCUUCUUCAAAUAUAUUGUUGUAUGCUUCUAAGAUUGAUGUUUAUUAUGUGUGUGUAGUCUGUGGAAAGGGUUGUUAUCCCUUGUGGAUCAAUUUGUUUACUUGAACAGAUACAUCAUCAUCAUCAUCAUCAUCAUCAUUAUCAAAAUACAGAUUUAAGUAC